UAUAAAUAACGAGACCCAACCCUUGGUCUGCACGUCUCGCAGUGUCGUUGUCUCCGUAUUGUGUAGCACAAAUGGCCGUUGAAACGAUGAACCUCCGCAAGAACGAGGCCGUAAAGGGCGGCCGGGGCAAGAAGGAUAAUCAGCCGGUGCCGGCGGUCAGGGAGUCUCACUUUCGAGGUGUGCGGAAGCGUCCUUGGGGCCGUUUUGCCGCGGAGAUUCGCGAUCCGUGGAAGAAGACUCGGCGGUGGCUUGGGACCUUCGACACGGCGGAGGAAGCCGCCAGAGCCUACGAUGAUGCCGCUCGGAGCCUCCGCGGCCUCAAGGCCAAGACUAACUUUGACCUCGCUCCUCCUGUCGCAUCAUCUCAGAUUGCUCCGGCCGCGUCGCCUAUGCGGCUGCCGAAGGUAAACUCGGAAGCGAUUACGAAUAGCCUCCCGUAUUGGUUCCCGGUCUCCGGCGACGGCAGCCGGAAUGUCUUCUCUCCUGGCGCUCCUCAUGCGCUUCCCGGACCAGUCCGUUCCGACUACAGUGGAUAUAACGUCGAGACCGUAGGUUCGCUGAUCAACGAGCAAGAAAUGAAAAUGAGAGCCGUGAAGAAGCCGUUUCUGUUCGAUCUGAAUCUUCCGGCGCCUCUGUUCUGAUCGGAUUAUCGGCCGUCCCUCGCCGGAUGAGGAAAUGGUAGUCGAAUUCCGUGAUCGCGAAAGGUUUUUACGUCUUUUCCCAUUUUACCCUUAUUUAGUGGGUUAGUCAUGUAUGUACAGUGGAUUAGCGAACUUUCAAUACGUUCUCUUGACUAAAGACCGCGAGGCGCGAGUCAACCAACCAAGUCAGAUUCAGGCAUACCCAAGCGAACACAAUAUAUAUUAGCAACGGCGAUUUUGAUACCACUCUUCGGAUAUAUUGAACGCGAAUCCAUGAUUCCGAUUCAAGUUUGGUAACAUGAAAAAUCUAAGCUAACUUGGUCAUUU